AUGACAUUCCUAGUGUAUAACCUAUCGUGUUUAUUAUCUAGUAAAACAUUAAGAAAUUACUAUAAAUACUAUAAUUAUACCUGCAACAGGUCCUAUUAUAAUGUUUUAUUUUUCGGAUCCGAUUCAAUCGCACUUAAAAGUUUACAAAAGGUUAAUGAAUACAGGAAAAAAGGAGAUAGAAUUAAUCGUCUAGACUUCGUCACAUCUAAUAAUAGUAAAAAUAAAACUGCGAUUGAACUGUAUGCGCAAAGCGAAGAAAUCAAAACAUUAUCUUGGCCAAAUUUAAACAUACGUAAAGGAGAGUAUGAUUUGGGAUUGAUAGUAGCGUUUGGACACCUCAUCAAAGAUGAUGUCCUAAGAAACUUUCCUUUAGGAAUGAUAAAUAUCCACCCAAGUCUUUUGCCCCGAUGGCGUGGAGCCGCACCUAUAAUUUACACUUUACUGCAUGGUGAAGAAGAAACUGGUGUCUCACUAAUGAAAAUAAAACCAGACAUAUUUGAUGUGGGUGAAAUUAUAAGUCAAGUGAGAGUUCCAGUGUCCACUGAGAUCAAGCUGCCAGAAUUAACAGAGCAAUUAUCUGACAUUGGUGCCGACAUGCUUGUUGAGUGCCUGAAGACCCUUCCCACUAGCUUAGAAAAUGCCAGACCUCAAAGUAACGAAGGUGUCACUUAUGCAAAGAAAAUCAGUAAAAGCAUUAGUGAGGUAAGAUGGAAAGAAAUGACUGCCAAAGAAGUAUACAAUCUCUAUAGAGCUGUGUAUGGGCUAUAUCCACUAUCCACUAAAUUUAGAGACAAAAAUAUGAAGCUGUUUAAAGCAUUUUUACUGAAGACAGAGGAAGUAGAUACUAGUCAAGAAGUUGGUGCUAUACAAUACUGCAGUAAAACAAAUGCUGUAAGAAUUCUUUGUAAAGACAGAAGGUAUAUUUACUUCAAAUCACUUAGAAUAGUAGGUAAGCGGGAGAUUUCAGCUCUAGAUUUUUAUAAUGGUUACAUAAAAAAUGUUUCUUUAGACAAAAGAAAAUUAUUUCUCUGCUGUUGGAAUGUUAGUAGCGAAUAGAAUAUUAUAUAA